AUGAAAUUUGCAACAAAUGAACAUGAUGGAUGUUGUCUACCAACUGCUUUACUAACACCUGUUAUAACACCAUCAAAUUCAUUGAAUAAAAAAUCAAUAAUAUUUGGAAAUAACUGUUCAUCUCAUGAUGAUAGUGAGAAUUUUGAGGAGGAUGAAAAUGAAGUGAAAGAAGACGAAGAGAAAAAGGAUAUAUGCCUAGAUUCUUCGUGUUAUUCAUCCUUAUACUGUACAUCUAGUCCUCCUCCACAGCUUGAAAUCAAUCCAUCCACUUCAGUGAAUAUGACAAAAACAACAGCAACUACAUCCACUACUAUUUGUAAACAUGAAUAUGAUAAUAAACCGCAUCGUGUAAUACGUCGAAGUCGUAAACGUCAUUCCAGUUGCGAAUUAUCACUGUUAAAUGCAGAGCAUAAACGUUGUCAUUAUGAAGAUGAUUCAAUUGACAAAUGGAAUUAUUCCUAUCCAUAUGUCAAUUCAAAUUGUUCGCCGUGUUAUAAAAAUCACAUUGUGAAUAGUCAACAAGUUAUGGUAUCUUCUUCGUCAUUAUCUCAUUCUUCUUGUAUUCCUAUGCUAAAUAGUAAUACUACUACUACUACUCUCAUUCCACCUAGUAAUAGUAAGUCAGUAAAGUUAUCGAAUUUCUAUCGUGAUUGUCAACAUCAACAGACACAGAAAUCUAUUAAUUCUGAGAUUGAUAAUGAUUCCGGUCUGUCAUCCGGUACAACUACUACAAUUAAUGACAAUCCACAAAUUUAUUCACCAUUGUCCAAUACACCGUUAUCAAUGAAUUUUCCACCUUAUCCAGCUUAUAUGAAUCCAGUGUUUUUAUCAGCUUUAAUGGCUAGUGGUUGCUGGCCGUUUAAUUCAUUCCCUGGUAGUAGUAAUAAUAAUAAUAAUAGUGGUAAUAAUAAUAAUAACAAUGGUAGUAAUAAUAAUAUCACCACAAACCCAUUUGAUCCAUGGCAUGCAUCCAAUAUUACUUUAGAUUCACUACAACAAACGGCUUCUUUAUUUGGCAAUAAUCAACGAUUGUUAUCGAAUUCAAACAAUUUCCCUCCAGUUCUAUCUCCACCAUGUGACACAUCAUCAGUUCACUUAAGUAAAAGUCCAAGACAAUUAAUAGCAGAUGAUUCAAUGUCUAAUUUACAGGAUUUUAAUCAAAUCAACUGUCAGUUGAACAAAUUAUCAGGAUUCUCAUCAUUAGCUAAUACUUCAUGUUUAAAUAAUAACACUAAUCAUAAUAAUGUUUCAACAAGUCAAAAGAAUCUUUUCAAUUAUCCACCAUUUAUUCAACCAUCCAAUUUUAUAAAUGGAGCAUCAACAAAUCCACUUCUAUUACAAUUAACUAACUGUCCAUCGUUAACAGAGAAUAAUCAAAAUAUAUUGGCUACAGCUUUAUCAGCCUGGUGUACACAACAAGCAGAAAAUAUUGGUUUAUUUCCAUAUCAUAAUUUAUCAGGAAAGAAUUCAUCAAUUCCACUAUUGUUUACAUCUAGUACGCAUAAUACUACCAAUAUUACUACUGAUAAUCAUGAUAACAAGACUAUUAGUAGUGAUAAUGAAUGUAUUUCUAACAGUCAUCGUAAUAAUAAUGAUGGGAAUAAUGGUAGUAUCAUAACAAAUUUGUUGAAUAAUGAAACAAUUGAAACUCAAGGGACAAAUGAUAAUAAACUAAACAUCACUUCGUCGAAUUCAACCAUUCCAUAUAACUCGACUCAAACAGAUCCAGGCAUGUCAUCGGCUUCUUCAUCAUCAUCAACGUCGUCGUCAUCAUCAUCAUGCGUUUCUUCAAUUUCAUCAGAUGAAAAUCAAUUGAAUUCAUCGAUAUUUAUAAAAACUUCCCCGAAGUUAAAUAAUACAAGUGAUACCAUUGGAUUAUGUUCACGUCCUCCUCGUCCUCUUCCUCUCCCUCCUGCUGCUUCUAUUCCACCAUCAACAACUUGCUGUUCUUCAACAUCACCAUCAUUGGCUACUGAAUCAAUAGCAAUAACAAAUUCCACAAUAAACAGGCCACCAAGUGUUCAAUCAACAUUUAAUUCUAUCUUAAACACUAAUUGUUUAGAUUCAAGUCAAUCUCAAUCAAUCACCAAUUAUCCAGCAACAGUAUCAACUGGAUCCACAUCUUCAUUAGCAGCAAUGAUGACGGCAGCGGCGGUAGCUGCAGCAAUGGCUGGUAUAUGUCGUUCUAAUUCAGACGUAUCUAGGUGUAUACCAUCUCUGUCAACGUUUUCACAACCUUUAUCCUCUUCAUCAUCGUUGUCACUAGCCGGGUCAAUAUCCCCAACAGCAGCUGCAGCUGCGGCAGCGGCAGCAACAGCAGCAACGUCUGUAUUUCCAACAGGAAUUAAUCAAACUUUUCAAAAUUUAGAUUUGAUGAAUUUAUCAUCAAAAGAAUUCCAUGAUGAAUUAUUCAAUCAUCAUGAUAUGAUGCUUAUGAAUGGACAACAACAUCUAUAUAGGAACGCAAUACAAUCGAAAUAUUUAAGACAAUCACAACAGCUACAUCAAUAUACACAUACUACUAGUAGUAAUGAUAAUAAUAAUAAUAAUAAUAGUAUAAUAGAUUAUGCAAACGAUGGAUCAAUCACCGAAAUGGAAGAUAUUGAUGAUGAAGUAAUUGAAGAGAAUGAACUGCCGGGUGAUAAUGAAGAUGAUGAAGAAUUUACUGAGGAAAUGUUAUUACAUGAACGAAUAAUUCAUAGUAAUGAUAAUAAUAACAGUAAAGAAUGUAAUGGAUUAAUAGAUGAACGUUCAGAAAAUGAUUUAUCAUGUGGAACGAAUAAUAAAUCGGUUGUUAAAUGUUCAAUUGGGUUUAAUAAUGAAAUAGGCAGUACAAGAAACUCAAAAAAUCUAUUAGAAUCAAUGAAACAUGGCCAAUCACCAAACAAAGAGAUCAACACUGCUCAUCUUCAUACAAAUAAUGAAUUGAAAUUUUUAAAUAAAUCAUGUAAUCAUAAUUUCAUUGGGAAUAUAAUGAAUGCCAACAAUAACAUUAAUAGUAAUAAUGCGAAUAAUACCAAAGUAGGGAUUGGAAGUAAUAGUAGUAUUAGUAGUGGAAGGGCUAGUCGAACAAAUCCAUCACCUAGUUCUACCAUGAAUCAUGAUCAAAAACGGAAUCAUCAUCAUCCACACUACCAUCGAAAUUUCACUGAAUCAUUGAUAAACAAUAAUAACGCUGGAAUUAAUAAUAAUAAUAAUAAUAUGGGCGACUCAAAUUCAACAGAAUCUGAUGAAAAUUCAUCAAUAAAUUUAUCAGUCAAUAAUAAUACAACUACUGCAUUAAUGACUACAUCAUCAACACCAAUUUCAACAACAACAACGCCUUCAUCUUCGUCAUCAUCACCUAGUGGUAGUGGCGUUGGAUCGGGUGCAUUAUUUAGUAUUCGACGAGCUGUUGGGUUGUCUAGAACUAAUCUACCAUUUCCAGCACGGAAACGUCUAUUCGGUUGGUUAGUUGAUCAUUUGAGAGAACCAUAUCCUUCAGAAGAAGAAAAAAUGAUGCUUGCUAUGGAAACAGGAUUAUCACGUACAACAGUAAAUAAUUGGUUUAUUAAUGCUCGACGACGUUAUGUUAAACCAUUAAUGCAAGGCCGACUUGUUCUCCAAUCAGGAGUUUUUAAAACAGUCACCAGUGAAAAUUGCAACGCUACGACACCCAGUGGAGGUAGCGGAGGAGGUGGUGGUGGUGGAGCAUCAUCAUCAUCAGCUUCUUCACCUCCAUCCCCAACAUCAAAUGCUGGCACUAAUAAUAACAGUAUUGGAUCAAAUCAGUACGUACCAACAAAUCCUUGUAUAACCACUAAAUCAAAUUAUACAAAUAGUCCAUUAAAUGAAAAAACUCAUCGAGAACGAUCGACCUCACGAAGAACUAAUUCAUUAACUGGGAAUACUCAUGCUAAUAUUAGUAGUAAUACCAUGAACAAUUCAUCUAAUCUAUUACAUAUGUCAAAUACAUUUAAUUCAUGUUCAACUAAUGAUGCAACAAAUACAUCAUGUCAUUACAAUAAUUCAUUUAUUUCAAAUCCAUUUUUAAAUCAGCCAAAUAAUUUGUCGAUUAGUAAAUCAUCAAACUCAUCAUCAGAUUCCACUGCAACUAUUUCAGCAAUGGCAGUAGCUGCAGCCGCAGCGGCAGCUGUAUACGCUGGUGCAAAUAUGAAUUCAAACAGAGAUGUAGGAGGUGGAGGAAAUAGAAUAGGAUGUUCAUCCACAUUGACAGGAUCAAUUUCAACAUCAUCAACAUCUGCACUAUCAUCAAAUUCAUCGUUACUUUUCUCUACACAAUUCAAUAAUCUACUUAAUAAUGCAGCAAUGGCAGCUGGUGUAUCAGUGUCAGGAUCAAAUUCAAUUACAAACAUAAGUCGAUCAACACGUACAGGAUUAUCUAUGCAUUCUCUUCAACAACAACAACAGCAUCAACAUCAUCGACAAAAUCAACAACAACAACAACAAAUCCAUCCAGAUAUUUUAUUAUCUAAUGAACAUUUAGUUGAUAGUAUAACAAAUUUAUCUAAAAAUUUAUUAUGUUCUUCAUCUACUGAACAAGAACGCAUGAUUAGUGGUACUACUGGUGAUUGAAUUAAUAUUUUGAAAAGGAUAGGGGAAAAAAGGAAAGUACAAUUGAUGAAAUGAUUAUAAUAUUGUAAAUUACAUAAUUCAUACUAUUUAUAAAUCAUAUCAUUUAAAUAAUAAUAAUGAAAUGAAAGUAUUCAAUUUAAUAUGAAAGUUGGAUUUUCUUUCAUUACUUAUCUAUAUUCAUUUCAUAAAUCUUAUUUUGAAAUGAAUACAACUUGUAUUGAAUACAAAAUAUUAAAAAAAAAUAGAAAGAAGAAAGAAAUAAAUUUUAUGAAUGAAUAUUCAUUGUACAUAAUUGAACUGCAUUCAAUAAGGCUAUAAGAAGAUUAUGUAUACAACUUGUUUAUUUGUUUACUUUUUUGUUUGUUUCUUCUAUAUUCACUCAUUUUGUUUCUUUGUUGUUGGCUUAAGAUUUUCAUAUGGAAGUGUAAGUUUCAAUUAGGUUCUCUUGUAAUACAUUAUUUGCAUGUAUAUAUAUAUAUAUAUAUAU